AUGCUGGACGUCUGGGGCACAUCCGGUAAUAAAGUCAUCUCCAUACCAGUUGAGGGGCUGGCAGAUGUGCGGGAAUUGAAGAAGCGAUUGAAGGAGGUGUGUGGUGUGACUCGAUUUAGGCAACGGCUUCUGCACGAGCAAAAUGCCUUGGAGGAUGAGUUUAAUCUUGACACGCUUGACCCGCCUUUUGACCUUCAGCUGGUGGUGCUACCCUUCUGUGCUGUGUCUGACGAUGAGGCAAUUGAGCUGCGAAAAGCAGCUUGUCAUGGAAAUCUUGGCCGUGUGGAAGAGAUUUUGCAACGGCCACAUCAUCCAGAUAGCUUUACGGCGAAUGGUGACUUCAUGGCUGACCUCAGUCGGUUUCGGGACAGACGUGUACACGACCUUGCCAAGCAGACACCGUUGUUUUGGGCAAUCGACAGAAAUAACCGUGAGAUUGCGUGCCGAUUGCUUGAAGCCGAAGCAGAUGUGCACAAGAGCUGCAAGGAUCCCGUCAGCCUGCUUCUCAGGGAGUGUGACAACGGCGAAGUUGAGACAUUAAAUCUCAUUACGGCUCCUCGUGCAGGCUGGCAGAACCAUUACUGGUGA